CCAAGCUGAAGCCAUCUGUAGUUAUUUAUUUUUACAAGGAAGUUGUUAUGAGUCAUCCUCAAAAAACGAAAAAAGGACCAAGACAACUUAAACCAGAUAAACGAGUUUUUCCCCUCUGGAAAACCCAUGAUGCAAUAAACUGGGGAUUUUUUACCGCAGUUAUUAAAUCCCCAAAUAACGCGAGCAUUUGGUCGCAACCACGCCUUUGCUUUAUUUAUAGAAACAAAAAUAAGAUAAAGGUGAAAAAUAUUACUCAAGCGCCUUGCACGCACGCACGCGCGUGAGGCUACACUGCCUCAUAUUGAUAAGUGGCUGCCGGCUUGCUGGGCGACAGGAGUAGCCAUUGCCAAGCCACCUCUUAAUGAUGUUCAGGGCCCCACAUACCCUGACCUGGGCUUGCCCCUUAAGAUCUCUGCUGCUGUCAAGAGAAUCUCACCUGUCUGCUGUCUUUGAGCACAAUGGUCCUGGAUGGCAAGGAACAAGACGACUAAAAGACAGCAAAUGUGAACAAAUAAGUUGGAAGGGCAACAGCAGGGACAGAUCGUUGUUGCCCGCAAAGACUGCUAACCACUGGCCACGAUUGUCUUCUUUUGGCUUUAACUGCGAUCAGCUAAGAGAUGCUCUCCCGGAAAAGCUCUUAUCCAAAGGUAUUUUAGUGAACCACCCUCAGGUCUGUGCGAAAACCAAACUAGCAUCUAACUUUUUAAGCGCUGUGUGGCACAGUUUAAUCUACAGGACUUUCCAGCUGUGCUGGCGGAUGCCUUUGGAUUUUAGCCAGCCUCACCUCAGCUACAUCAGUAAAGUUCCACAUAACCUUCUCCAAAGUUAUCCACAUCGCAGACGGCACUCGAUUAGUCCCUAUGGUUUAUCAUCACAUAAGCUUUGGACUUUAAACGAGUUUGCCGGUAAACUGCUACGCCUAAGUCGGUCUUUUCACCAAGCCAGAGGGUUCCAUCAGGCCGCCCCACGUGUAGCAGACACUUGGAGAGACUGCCUAUCCCCGGAGAACGAAAACAGGUGUCGUCAGAGCCUGCGAGCUAACUGGAAGCUCUAUGAGAUGGACAAGGUGAGGAAAGGGGCAAGUCAGACAAAGGGAAAGAACCAGGGGAGGUGGGCCUCCAUCCUGGUCUGUCUCUGCACUGUUGAAGGGGAGCCGGCUUUUCUCUUUACUCUGCGCUCCAGCACACUGAAGGGCAGGCAUAAAGGAGAUGUCAGCUUUGCUGGAGGUAAGGGCGACCCGUCGGACAGAGAUGUGGUAGCCACGGCGCUGCGAGAAGCCCGGGAGGAGCUGGGUGUUCAUGUUGCAAACGAGAAGGUUUGGGGCGUCAUGAAGCCUCUCAGGGACACGUCAGGAAUGCUUAUCGCUCCUGUGCUUACUAACGUCGGACCGCUUGAGGAUUUGACCUUCAAACCAAAUCCUGAGGAGGUAGAGGAGAUCUUCACCUUGUCCUUGUCCCACCUUUACAACCCUCUGAACCGUGGCUACACACACUUCCGCACUGGCGACAAGUAUGGAUACACACUGCCAGUGUUUCGGAAUGGGAAACACAGAGUGUGGGGCCUGACUGCAGUCGCUCUGGACCAAACCCUGAAACUAAUUUUACCACCAGAGUAGCUCAUUCGUCCCCCUUUGGAGGUAACUUGAGCGUUACUAUGAGACGGGCACGCUGGCUUUGUGUAGCAAAAUCAUGUGGGAGACCAGCUAAAACAAAAUCUCCUGUCAAAUUAUUCAUUGGAUUUGAAGGAAGUAUAGAGGUCAAUAUUUAAAAGAAAAGAAGAAAAACCCUGUGUGAUCACACACAUAUAUGUGUGUGUGUAUGUGCGUGUUUUUUAAAAAUGUUUUCAUUACAAAUCCCUUAAUUUCUUUUCAGUCACAUGAUUUUCUUUGCAUCCUGUGUGUUUUUACUCCAGAUCAAACACAAACUGUUGGUAACACUGAAGUUACAGAUGCACAUUGUUAUGAUGGAGUGUGUGUGCCUGUGUGCAUGGAAGAAAAACGCAAUAAAAGUUAUUUUAGUUAC